UCUCCGCCCGCUCGCCCGGCUCCGCGCUCCGCCGCCUGUUCGCCGCCCACCCCUCCGCCUGCCCGCCUCGGGACCGCGCUGCUGGAGCUGGGCCCUCCCUCGCCGGGCCGGGGCAGCGAGCGGGACGGGGAUGGGUCCUGGCCCCACCAUGCGGGGCGAGCUCUGGCUCCUUGUGCUGGUCCUCAGAGUGGCUGCUGGGGCGGUAAGCCCCCAGCCUGGAGCAGGCCCAGGAUGGGCUGCCAAGGGGACCACAAAGAGCUGGAAUCGGAGAGCCCGAGAGAGCCCUGGACAGGUGUUGGAGCUGGACAGGACCCAAGUGAGCCAGGACCUGGGAGGGGGCACCCUGGCCAUCGACACACUGGCAGAUAACAGGACCAGGGUGGUGCAGGAGGACAACCACAGCUAUUACGUGUCUCGUCUGUAUGGUUCCAGUGAACCCCGCAGCCGGGAACUGUGGGUGGAUGUGGCUAAGGCCAACCGGAGCCAUGUGAAGGUCCACAGAAUACUCUCCAACACCCACCGGCAGGCUUCGAGAGUGGUCUUGUCCUUUGAUUUCCCUUUCUAUGGGCAUCCACUUCGGCAGAUCACCAUAGCAACUGGAGGCUUCAUCUUCAUGGGGGAUGUGAUCCAUCGGAUGCUCACAGCUACGCAGUACGUGGCCCCGCUCAUGGCCAACUUCAACCCUGGCUACUCGGACAAUUCCACAGUUGCUUACUUUGACAAUGGGACAGUGUUUGUUGUUCAAUGGGACCACGUCUACCUUCAAGGCCGGGAGGACAGGGGCAGCUUCACCUUCCAGGCAGCUCUGCACCAUGAUGGCCGCAUUGUCUUCGGCUACAAAGAGAUCCCUAUGUCUGUUCUGGAAAUCAGCUCCUCCCAGCAUCCCGUCAAAGCAGGCCUGUCAGACGCCUUCAUGAUUCUCAAUCCGUCCCCAGAUGUGCCAGAAUCUCGGCGAAGGACUAUCUUUGAAUAUCACCGUGUGGAGCUAGACCCCAGCAAAAUCACCAGCAUGUCAGCUGUGGAGUUCACCGCAUUGCCAACCUGCCUGCAGCAUCAGAGUUGCGACGCCUGCAUGUCCUCGGACCUGACCUUCAACUGUAGCUGGUGCCAUGUCCUCCAGAGAUGCUCCAGUGGCUUUGACCGCUACCGGCAGGAGUGGCUGGCCUACGGCUGUGCCCAGGAGAUUGAGGGGAAGACAUGCGAGGACUUCCAGGAUGAGGACCACUACUCAGCCUCCCCUGACAGCUCCCUCAGCCCCUUUGAUGAAGACCUCACCACCACCACCACGCCUUCCUCCCUCAUCAUUGACAGCUUGACCACGGAAGAUGACACCAAGUUGGAUCCCUACGCAGAAGGAGAUGGCCUUCAGAACAACCUGUCCCCCAGUGCAAAGGGUGCCCCCAUGCACCUGGGCACCAUUGUGGGCAUCGUGCUGGCAGUCCUCCUUGUGGCGGCCAUCAUCCUGGCUGGGAUUUACAUCAGCGGACACCCUACCUCCAAUGCCGCCCUCUUCUUCAUUGAGCGGAGACCUCACCACUGGCCGGCCAUGAAGUUCCACAACCACCCCAGCCACUCCACAUACACUGAGGUCGAGCCCUCGGGCCACGAGAAGGAGGGUUUCGUGGAGGCUGAGCAGUGCUGAGAACGCCAGGUCUCCCCUUCAAAUCAUAGUAUAGAAGACACGGGGCUGCAGCAGAGACAGUGAAAGCAAAGAGAAGAAGUGGUUAUUCUUGGCCUCUCUGAGCAUGCCCCAGACGAGAAGAUGAGACGGUGGUUUAUGUCCCCAGAGCUGCAGCUUAGUCAGCACAGCCCAGAUAUUGAAGAGGGGGCAGAAGAGCAAGCACAUGGAGUUUUUGAAGGAACAAUAACCUAAUCUCAUUCUGUUUUGAUGCAAGGGUUCUCCCUUUCUGGGCCUCUCAGUGGUCUACUCUGUAGCUGUCCCCUCCCCACCUGGAGAUGGCCAGAUGGCCCGUUCCCAGUCACCUGAUGCCCCUGCGCAUGACACAAGCUAGCUUAAGAUUGGGGCUGCUGCAAUCCAGGGUCCAUAGACUCAAGAGCUGGUCCUCAUGGCCACGGAGUCGGCGUCUUUAGCCCUAGCUUCUGUGGCUCUGAAAGUCUAAAGGAGUUUGCACUGUUAGUUAGACACAAGGGUAGUUGCUCUCAGCCCCUGGGGAGUGUUGUCGCUAGAGGAAAGCCAAAUAAGAGGAAAGAAAGAACUUGUGGGGAAAAUUGCAUUUUUAGGCUUCACUUCCUUUCUGCUCAGACCAGUCCUUCUCACAAAACACAUGCAGCCUGCUCCCCCCACCCUGGGCUUACCUGGACCUGCGCCCUGCUUCAGCCAGGCCAGCUGCGCUGUGCGCAGCCUGUUUACCUUGUGAGGCUUCUUGUUCAGAUGGCAUGUUGGUGCCCAUUUUAUUCCAUGGCCUGUUCUGCGUCAGUGCCGGUAUAUACCUCCAAAGGCAGAGCUCUCCUGAUUAAUAUUUUCUCUCCUCUGAAAUAGAUUUUUGUAGCCAUUAAAGAUAAAGAGGGUGGCUAGAGGGCUCCUUGAGACAAACCCAGCAGGGAACUGCAGUUGCAGUUGGAGUCUGUUGAGAAGCAAAAUGCCAGACUGGUUAGGACAGAGUCAGCCAGCAUGAGAGCAAGGGACUUUCUACACAAGACCUUGACCUGGAAAGUUGCUGUCAUCUCCCCGGCUCUGACAAAAGUUUUGAGGGUGGGGAGUUUAGGCUCCCAAACUUAACUUGGUUGUAAGGGAGGUCUGUCCCAGGGAUGAGUUGGGGUUGCUUCUGAAAAGCAUUUAAAAUUAAAACCUAUAGUUCACCCUCACUCAAAGUAAAAAAUAUCAGCAGCAAAUAAAUGUUAAAUCACAGUCUCUGCUUAGUCAUGCCUUUUAUGCAUAUCACCAGGAGCACUGUGAAAGAAGUUAGCUUAAGUACAAGGCAAUGGCUGGGAGGUUGGGCAAUCUGCAGAUAAUCAGACCCAUCCAAACACUUGGCUGCUGGUUUUCAGUUGCUCCAUGCUUGUUUCUUGGUGAGAUGCUAGCAAUGGAGUCAGAAAAAUGCCCGGCCUUGGCUUUGCUUCAUAAACCAGCACAGAGGCCAAGGACAAUAGUUCACCCCUGUAAUCCCAGCACUCUGGGAGGUCAAGGUGGGAGGAUUGCUUGAGCUCAGGAGCUUGAAACCAGCCUGAGCAAGAGCAAGUCCCCAUCUCUACUGAAAAUAGAAAAAUGAGCUUGGCAUCGUCUUGGGUGCCUGUAGUCCCAGCUACUCAGGAGGCUGAGGCAGGAGGGUUGCUUCAGUCUAGGAGUUUGAGGUUGCUGUGAGCUAGGCUGACACCACUGCACUCUAUCCUGGGCAACAGAGUGAGACUCUAUCUCAAAAAAGAAAAAAAUAGGGUGGCACCUGUGGCUCAAAGGGGUAGGGCACUGACCCCAUAUGCCAGAGGUGGCGGGUUCAAACCCAGCCCCAGCAAAAAAAAAAAAAAAAAGAAAGAAAGAAAGAAAAAAAUAAAAGAAAUAAACCAGAUGAGGAAGCCCUGGGGACACAAGGUGCUAUGGGCAGGAGCAUUAGAGUUUGAGAAAGAAAAAAGAUAGUGCAACAAAGAGAGUCAGAUUCUUUUCAAGCUUCCAAAGAACAGAAAGGCCUAAGACAGCUCUCUGAGUGAGAGGAGCACAGUCCAGUGCCCUCAGUCAUCUGGGCUCCCAGCCCUCCUGGCUGUCUGGAGGGUGAUUUUUGUUCUUACCUGACCAGCAAAGCGUCUGUGACCUUUAUGUGUCUAAAAUGGCCAGCAGGGCAGGCAGUUCUUUGGUGGCCUAAUUUAGUGGAUAGCACCAUAUAUCCCACUCCCAAACCCCAGCACACUUUUUGCCACCAGGAACUCAGCUAUCUGUCCUGGAUUUCUGAAGGUGAGAAGGUUGGGAGUGGAGAAAAAGACAGUGAUGCAGGGAGGCCUCUGCUGUUAAGCACUGCAGGUAGAGUAAGAAAGUUCCAGAUGCCUCGGCCCUGGGCUGAGCAAGCCUGGCUCUGACCCCUGGAUGUCAGUGGCCAGGGGAGCAGAGCUGUUUGGUAGUGGGCAGCCUGUUUGUCACAACAAAAAGAAUGAAUGAUGUAUCACCAAGAGAGGCCCCUGGAUUUCUCAAGCCCAAAUGUGUAGACUAAGUCUUCUAAGAAACAGAGCUGAGUGCCUCACAGUGUUCGUGCUGGUUCCUGACUGUCUCUAGGAUACCUGGCAAGACAAACAUGUCUUAGACCUAGGAGUUCCACUCCAAGGUUUAGAGCAGCUAGGUGGAUGAUUAUGGAGAGUGAGUGAUCAGAUAGAGACCUGGGCCUGUGGCCAGCCCUCUGAGUUUGGCUGCCAAGGUGAAGUGGUACUUCACAUACUGGGCACGGUCACAGGAUGGUUGCGGACGUCCAUGCCUCUCCACCAGACAGUCUCCAGAGAAAGCAGGUAGUUGGCAGGUGCCUUCCCACAUGAUGUCUUGGGGUAUUCUGGGGGGGCAAGAGGGUCCAUGAAAGUUCAUCAUUCAAGAGGAAGCUUCAAUCCUGUGAAAGAGGACUCUGGGGAGUUUUCUAUGUUGAACAGAGAAAUCAGAAAGUCUCAGGAAGACACUAUUAUAUGCCAGAACUCUUAAGAGAUCUAACAACAAUAAAAAUUGGAAUAUGGGGCGGCGCCUGUGGCUCAAGGAGUAGGGUGCCAGUCCCAUAUGCCGGAGGUGGCGGGUUCAAACCCAGCCCCUGCCAAAAAACACACACACAAAAAAAAAAUUGGAAUAUGAAGAAGAAUAUGAAGUAGAGGCUGAGUAUGAGAGGGGGGGCCCUGCUAUAAGCACAACCUUGUUUGCUUUGAUUGGUCACUCCCAGAUCUGUGGACUUCUCCAGUAAAGUUGCUGGGGUUUCUGGUUCUAGAACACAAUGCAUGUGAGCCCGGCCAUCAGCUGCAGCAUCCAGGAAUGCUGCAGGUAGAACAGAUGGGCUUUCCAAGCUUGGCUGACUGGCUGCCUCCCUCAGCCAUAAUCAGGUGUUGUCACCCACUCACCCCAGCAGGCCCACAACUCUGGAGGUCACUUCAGACCUCAGCCUGGACCCUGAGGUUGAAAAUAUUCUUUGGUCACUGUUAGAGGUUCCUGACGGACCUAAAAUACCAAAUACACACAUAGACACACAUACAGGCAUUUUAUUUCUAAAAGCAAUGGACAAGGCUGUAGCUGUGCUCAGCCUUUAGCUUGGUUUAUUAAAUAAAGACAAUGGCAAACGCUGCCAGCCAACCACACUAUUCAAACAGCAGAGUAUUCACCACUUGAGCUGACCAUUCAUCUGGUUGUGAUCAAAGCUAAGACUUAUUUCUCCUGCAUUCGAACAGAUUUACAGAUUGGCACUGACCAGGGGAUGCACACAGAUUCCCUGGCUGUGAGA